AUAAAGAAUUCAUGGGACUAUUAAAUCCGUUGUUUCUUCUAAAUUAUAGCGUUUUUGACUGACUGAGUUUGAAUCGUUCCGGAAACGAUUCAACCCGUUUAUUAUAAACUUAUAUUCAACUCGAAAUGGAUUCGAUUAGUUUCUUUUAUAUUUUCAAGUGGUAUAAUUGAAUGACAGGUUAGAGAGAACAUUUUACUCAGAAAGAAUCUCCCGCCGGCACAGCGCUAAGGUUAUGGCUGAAUACUGAAGUGAUUUUGAAACAUGGAUCCUGAUAUGUAGACAAAAAGCGACCAGAUUGUGCUGGCAGGAAGAAAAGUUGACGGAAAGAAACAUAAGUUUCAAAAUCUUAUAUCUUGCAGUGAACUUAUCGUGCACUUGAAAUAUGGCUUCAUUUGUAGCAGAUGUACUGGCUACAGCAGGCAAAUUGGAGAAACUAAAUCUGCAGAAAAGUAUUGUGGAUAUACAGAAGGAGAUAACAAAGCUAGAAUAUGAAGUUAAAGAUUUCAUGGAUGAGAAUUACAAUGAAUUUAGCGCAAAGCUGACAAGGGAUGUGCAUUUGGUUAAGAAAACUGAACAGCUAUUGGAGGAGAUGAGCAUCUUGCAGAGCAGAAUUAAUGAUCAGGUCAAGAUAGAGUUGUCAGGCUCAACGAAAGAACUAAAGAGCUUAUCUCAGACAUUGAAAGAGUCAAAUAUCAGCCUGCAGUUGUCUCAUCAACUGAUAGAGGUACACAAAUGUAUAAAGUCCAUAAAGAAAUUGCAGGAGGAAAAGCAGUUUGUCGAGACUACUAAGACCCUGCUGCAGAUGCAUUCCUUGUUGAAUAAUCCCAACAGCAUCCUGUACGAUCUCGAGAUCUAUACCGCAAUCAAGAACGAGUAUUGUGAGCUCUUCCGCUUGUGCUUGACAGAAGUAUCCAGGUUAUUACGCGAUCGAAUUUGCUGGAACAGUGACGUGAAGGACAAUAAAACAAUCACCUCUGUCAUUAUCAAAAGUGAAUGCGACGACAUACAAGAAUUGAUACAAAGCUUACACAUUGUCGAUCAUCUCGAGAACGAACUGCAGACAUUCUCCACGAAACUGAUGGAGCACAUAAUCAACCCUAUUAUCCACGACCACACCUUGGUCUAUGUCGUCAAGGAAAAAGCGUUCACAGUCGAGAUAUUGGAAAGAAAGAAGAUGCCAUGUUACAAAGGAGUGCUAUAUAACUUGCAGCUGCUUUUUAAGUUCCUUCAUCAACACUUGAAUCUGAAAGUCACGGACGACGAAACUUUUCUGAAGAGAACGCAGCCGUAUCUAUUGGAGCAACUGUCACACUCGUUAACGACAGAUUGUAUUUCACAUACUAUCCCGACCUCCAACGCCAACUUGAAAAACUUCGAGCCUGUUGUCGAAGCGAUUAACGAAUUUCAAGACUACUUAGUAGAAAUCGAGUUUCUCUCCAAGGAUCAGUUGUUCCUGUCGGAAUAUACAAACAAUAUCGACAAACUGUUCAUCGACCGGAUAUGCCAGGACUUAUUGGUGAAAGCUCGAAAUAUCAUCAAGAAGGACCUACACGACUCUGUUCGAUAUGAGCCGCAGGAACCGCCAAAAUUUACGAAUAAACCAUUCGAGGACGAUUACGAGUUGACCAUCGAAAAGAAACUGAGCGAUAUGUCAUUCCAAUUACCUAGAUGUCAGAUAAGCAACAGCGCAGUGGAAACAUUGGAGUUAGCGAGAACGAUAUUGGACGAAGCCCGCGACAGCUCGGACGCUUGCGCCAUUAGACUAUUUUAUACCUGUAGAAACGUGUUCGGGAUGUACGCCGGUCUGGUGCCAGAGCAUCAUAGAAAGUUUCUGGACACGAUACCGCAGCAAGUCGCUCUGUUUCACAACAACUGCAUGUACCUCGCCCACCACCUGCUCACGUUGGCGCACGACUACAGAGACAAGUUCUCGUCGAAUCUGCAGAAGUUGAACCUGACGUUCGCGGAUCAGGUGACGGUGCUGCGAGACGUCGGUUCGCGGUGCUUCAUGGAGCACAUGAGAUACCAGAGGAACAUCAUAUUCGACAUCAUCAAGGAUUCGGGCUUCACGACGUUAGGUCAAACGCCUGAGUUACAUCCCAGCACCGAGCGUGCACUGAGACAAUGCAUCAGACAACUGGAGCUGCUGAAGACAGUCUGGCUGGACGUGUUGCCCGUCAACGUCUACUGCAAAGCUGUCGGCUGCAUAACGAAUUCCAUGAUCGACGACCUAGUGACGAAGGUGAUAUCCGUGGAAGAUAUUCCGGUUGACGUAGCGAGGGAACUAGUGGUGCUGUUUAAUGUGGUGGUGAAACGGACGCCACAGAUAUUUCCGGAUCCAAGUAAGAUUCAGCAGCACGUGCGCAAAUGGAGCAAGUUUUUGGAACUGAUCAAGCUACUGGGCGCGUCGCUGAAGGAGAUCGAAGUCAGGUGGGGAAACGGGAAAGGACCUCUUGCGCAAGAAUUCACUGCUGCGCAAGUGAAGCAAUUGAUUCGAGCGCUGUUCCAGAACACCGAUCGACGAUCUAAUCUCUUAGUUUCCAUAAGAUAAAGGUGUAAGACACGCUUCACUUGGGAGUUUAUGAAACAAGGAAUAAAACAGCCUGCACAUUCGUGUAUCAUACAUUCCGCAUGGAGAUUUGAUGGGUGUGUAUACUCGGUAAGCAUCAACCGGUAG